ACCUACCUAGAAACGGCACCGAAACACAUCGCCCGCUUGUGAGUUGUGAGUUGUGACACACGAACAGAGCGUGGCGGAGGAGAUGAUCGGAUGGGGCGACGUGUACAAGGUGGUGGCCGCCAUGGCGCCGCUCUACUUCGCCCUGGGCCUCGGCUACGGCUCGGUGCGGUGGUGGAAGCUCUUCACGCCGGACCAGUGCGACGCCGUGAACCGCCUCGUGGCCUACUUCGCGGUGCCCUUCUUCGCCUUCGACUUCGCCGCGCGCAUGGACCCCUACGCGCUCAACUACCGCGUCCUCGCCGCCGACGCGCUCUCCAAGCUCGCCGUCGCGCUGGCGCUCGCCGCCUGGGCCGCCGCGUCCACGCGCUGCUGCCGCGCCGGCGCCAAGCGCGGCGGGGAGCUGGCCUCCUCGUGGUGCAUCACCGGCUUCUCGCUGGCGACGCUGAACAACACGCUCGUGGUGGGCGUGCCGCUGCUGGACGCCAUGUACGGCGGGUGGGCGCGAGACCUCGUCGUGCAGAUAUCGGUGGUGCAGAUCAUCGUCUACUUUCCGCUGCUGCUGCUGGCGUUCGAGGCGAGGCGUGCGUGCGGUGGUGGCGCAGGGAAGCCUGACGCGGCGGCGGCGGUUUCAGCGAGCGACGACGACGUGGAGGACGGCGGCGCGGAGGGGAGGAGGCGGCGCGAGCCGGUAUGGCCGUUGGUGAGAGCGGUCUGGCUCAAGGUGGCACGGAAUCCCAACGUUUACGCGGGCGUCCUCGGGGUCGCCUGGUCUUGCGUCACAAACAGGUGGCACAUCGUGACGCCGAGCAUCAUCGAAGGCUCGGUGCUGAUCAUGUCCAGGACCGGCGUCGGGCUCGCCAUGUUCAGCAUGGGCCUGUUCAUGGCGCUGCAGGAGAAGAUCAUCGUCUGCGGGGCCGGCCUGACCGCGCUGGGCAUGGCGCUGCGGUUCGUCGCCGGCCCGGCAGCCACCGCCGCCGGAGCCGUCGCCCUGGGGCUCCGCGGUGACGUCCUGCGCCUCGCCAUCAUACAGGCUGCGCUCCCCCAGUCCAUCACCACGUUUGUGUUCGCCAAGGAGUACGGCCUGCACGCCGAUGUGCUCAGCACCGCGGUUAUAUUCGGGACGCUGGCGUCGUUGCCCGUGUUGAUCGUGUACUACAUCGUUCUAGGCUUCGUUGGAUAGUUAAUUAGGGCUUAUAUACAAGUUCUAUAUAUAUCUCCCUAACCCUAGGGACUGACUAACUGAUGAGUAAACUGCGUGUACUAGGUUGUAAGUUGUAACUUGCUCUUCUGCAAAUAAUGAUCACAACUAACACCCUCUGAACUGCGCACAUAGGUCCCUCGUUAAUAAAUGGAGCUCCAUAUGUACCUGUUUA